AUGACUUCCUUUUACCUUCCAGAUUCUGAAAGCGAUGCAGAUCAGUUUAAUCUUGGUGCAGGUCAUGAUAGCAGUGCCCUCAGUGACAGCAAUGAUGAGGGCAGAGGUGAUAGCUAUGUCCCUUUCUUCUCUCAGAAGAGAACAUUGGAAACUUCAGAUGAUGAAGGAGCUAACAGACCAACAAAGGUUCCAAGAGGACCUCGUACAAAACCAAGUUCCCUGGCCAAUAAUGCUGGAAAAAAACAAAACAGAAAUCUCAGUUACAGUCAAAUGAGUGCUUCUGAUUCCUAUGAAGGAUUCAAAAAACAUGGCAUAUUGGAUUUAAAUUCAGAAGUAAAAG